GGCGGGAGCAGCAGCAGCAGGAGGAGGAGGAGUUCUGAGAAAGAAGGCGCGCGCGGGAGAGAGAGGGAGGGGGAGAGUCGCGAAACGUCGCUCGCACUGUCGGUCGAGCGAGCAGCGGCAGCGUCGUCGUCGUCGUCUUCGCGUCGUCGGGGAGGGGGGAAGUGAACGCCGCGUUCCUGACACCGCCUCGCUCGCUCGCCCUCCUCGUCGUCACCACUCUCCUCGUCCCUCGUCGUCGUCGUCGCGACCGACUGGCCUGGUGUGCUGGGGAGCAGGCGUUGACACAAGCAAGAUGUCGCUGUACGAUGAGCCCAUCGGCGAGGCCGGCAGCGACAGCUUCUGGGAGGUGGGCAACUACAAGCGCACGGUGAAGAGGAUCGACGAUGGCUACCGCCUGUGCAACGACCUCAUGGCCUGCCUGCACGAGCGUGCGCGCAUCGAGAAGGCCUACGCCACGCAGCUCACCGAGUGGACCAAGAAGUGGCGGCAGCUCAUCGAGAAAGGCCCGCAGUACGGCACGGUGGCGACCGCGUGGAAGGGGCUGAUGAACGAGGCGGACAGCGUGAGCACGCUGCACGUGGACAUGCGCACGCAGCUCAUGAGCAAGGACAUCGAGACGAUCAAGGGCUGGCAGAAGGAUGCCUUCCACAAGCAGAUGAUUGGCGGCUUCAAGGAGACCAAGGAGGCCGAGGACAACUUCCGCAAGGCGCAGAAGCCGUGGGCCAAGAAACUCAAGGAGGUGGACGCCAGCAAGAAGCUGUACCAAGCGGCCUGCAAGGAGGAGAAGAUGGCAGAGAGCCGCGACAACCAGUCCAAGACUGACCCGGCACAGCCACCCGAUGUGCAGCGCAAGCUGGCGGAGAAAGUGGAACGCUGCAAGGCCGAAGUGCAAAAGAGCAAGGACCGCUACCAGAAGGUUCUGGAGGAUCUGAAUUUGGCCAACCCCAAGUACAUGGAGGACAUGGAGCUGGUGUUUGACCAGUGCCAGGAGGCCGAGGGAAAGCGCCUCACCUUCUUCAAGGACGUGCUCUCAAGCGUCAAGGUUCACCUCGACCUGUCCAACAACGACAAAUUUGCUGCCAUCUAUCGGGAACUGCAGCAUGACAUCUCCAGCAUCGACAAGGAAGAGGACCUCAAGUGGUUCCGUAACACGAUGGGCGCUGGGAUGCCCAUGAACUGGCCGGCCUUCGAGGAGUAUUCGCCGGACACCAACCGCACCAUCAGCAAGCGCGAGAAGUCUCGCAAGGCACCCGACGGCGUCACGCUCACCAACAUGACGCAGGCCGGCGACUACACAACCGCGAGGGCCAACACAGAGAGCUUUGAACAGAACCAGAACUUUGCGGGCGAGUGGUCGGACGAGGAGGCCUCCAACCCGUUCGGUGGCGGCACCAACGGCCACAGCAACCCCUUCGAGGAGGACGGCGCGCCGGCCGCCACCGGCGUGCGUGUGCGGGCGCUGUACGACUACGACGGGCAGGAGCAGGACGAGCUCACCUUCCUCACCGGUCAAGAGUUCAUCAAGCUGGAGGAUGAAGACGAGCAGGGGUGGUGCAAGGGCCGUCUGGAGAGCGGGAAGGUGGGGCUGUACCCCGCCAACUACGUGGAGCCCAUCUAGGAUCACACGUCCGUCCAUCCACCCCCCCCCCCCUUCCCCGCCGUGGUCAUUUAAGCACCAACCCAAAUGUUUACCCUCUCCCAUCUUGACCUCUCCACCCCACCUGACCCCCUCCCCCGACCCCCCCCUGACCCCUCCCCACUCUCCAACCGAGGACUCUUUAUCCUGAAUAUCCACGUGACAUGAAUCCCGUCUGCACAAGGAGCUGAUCAAAAGUUGCUCCAGCCCUCACUGAGCCUGCCUUACUUCCUGCUCUCCGAUUGGCCUGGCCGCGUUGGAGCCUACCCCACGUUUCAUGUUCACCGCUUCGCGGCACGGUGACCGGCGGUGGCAGUGGCGACGGUCGUGGUGGCAAUCUGUGCUACUUCUCGAAUCGCAAAGAGCAUGUGGGGUUCCCACCUCCACACUUCUUUGCCUGAGCAAAAAAAAAUAAAAAUCGUACAAAAAAAUAAUUUCUUUACCAUGACACCCAACCUGCCACACUGAUUGGCUUGUUCUGUUGCCUUGGUGACUUCAGUUAUUGUUUUUUUGCUUUUGUAUUUAUACAGAUUACUGCAAGCAGCCUAUCUGGCGAGCCAGCAUUAGUUACAUCAUUUUGUUCAUGUUAAAUAGAUAAGUAAAAAGCUGCUAUGAAUGCUGCAAUUCUUUUUUUUGUCACUCCGUAGCGGUUGUCCAAGUAUUAAUAUUGACGUCACGUUACUGCAAAAACCAAUCUAAACGAGAGUCUUCGCUCUUAAAGUGAAGUCAUAGUGUCAAUUUGUACACACGAUAAUCCCACAAUCCAAAGGGAUGCUUCAUUCAAACAGCAACCUUGUGGUCUUGCCUAAACUGGCUUCCAGGUCACAGUCGCACCCAGCGUCGACGCUUUUGCAAUCGACACGCGUGCUAACGUGUGUCCCGCUCCUGACAUUAUGUCUGUGAGCUGCUCGAUCAUAACCAUAAAAUCCUGCCGGCAUAGUCAAGUUUGACCUUCUGUAUGUUGAACUUUUUUUGCACCGUACCGUAGCCAACCGCGCUAAUCGGAGGUGCGGGGGAAGGACAACAAACUAAACACAAAAAGCAAUUCUAAAGAAAUUCGUUUAUCAAUCUAGAUGAUGAUUUAAAAGUGCGUAGCUCCAGUACCUUCCUAAUAUCGGAAGGAAGAGCGUUCCAGACGGCCACAGGAGCGCAUCUGAAAGCGCCGCGCGAUGCAGCGACCGUCUUUGUUGGAUGGCCAGCCAAAAGCCGCCGCUGUGAGGAUGAUGACUGGAGUUCGCGUGGUGGUUGUAUGCUUAUAAUGGAAUGUAAAAUUCUUAUUUGACAAGGUAAACGUGUUCUCGAAUUACUUCAGAAGCAUUUUUCACGUCAAGCAAAAUAAAUCUCGUCCAGCAAAAUACCCCACCAAAAUGCCGCAGUCGAUACAGUAUUACGCAACAGCAAGUCGUGCCGUGAGUUGACCCCAACGCGUGCCUUUGUGGUGUCUUACUUGCCGGUGAAUGGGGAAGAUUUUUGGUGUUGCAUCGACAAGACUACUCAUGCGAGAGAAACCCCGAGGAAAAUCAAAUCCUCCCAACGCGAGCCAAAUCGUACGCGAGCGGAGCGCUUUGCAGACCUCUAAGCGGUAACUCACGGGGUGCCUCCAGGCAGUCGGUGUGUGAACGCCACUACACCUCUUCACCCAGGCAUCUCUGCAAUCAUUAGUUAACACGGCUGCGUUGUCCGCCACGUAAUAGACUGGCUAAGACCCGUCGUUUGCAACAGUAGCACAAAGCGUGUUUUUGCGGGCCAAUUUCCCAAUUUGAAAGUUAACCUGCCUUCUAAAGUGUAAUUGAAAAGACUGACGAUGUGCAGUGGCAAUGUAUGCUGCUAAUGCAGCGACAUGGAUGUUGGGUUGUGGAAGGUCGGUAAGAAAAGGACCUUGGUAACAAUUGUCCUGUUUCCACCUUGAGCUGUAAUUAAGGACAUCUCACCUUCAGUGCGGCAUGUGAUUUUUAGCCUCGAGAAUGCGUGGACUUACUGCAGACGCCCUAGUUUACCCAAGCUUGCAAACAACAUGGAAGCCAAUUGGCCAGACAUCCCAAACACAACUCCAAUCCUGUAAAACAAAACACGUGUUUUAACCAGGCUUUCUUUGAUAAUUAUUUUAAUUGGCCAAACAUAACAGUAUUAAAGUAAUACACUGCAAAUGCUACGGCGAAGUUAUUUUUAAGGGGGUGGAUAUCAUUGUUAACUGCCUUCAUUGACUCUUCUUGCAGCAGCAAGCAUAGCAGCUUUGACGAGAGGGGCCUUAGGAAAAGCUGUCAAAAGCCAUCGGCUAUGGUGGAUUUCGUCUUCGGGCUCCAGGCCUCAUCGCCUCCUAUCAGGGCACCAAUAGUCUCGUUCUCACAACUGUUGAUCGAGACUUGCUUCUAGAAGAGAAAAUAAAAGUUCGCUUGUUUGUCAGCUGGAUGUGUGACGUGAUACGUGGGCCGCGAUGUCUGGAGUCGAGAUGGCUUUAUCCAAAUGGGAUUUCUGUUCUGCGAUUUUUUUUUUAAAUGCAAAAAAAAAUGUCGUUUUUAGGAAACGUUAUCGGUUAAAACAAAUCGUAUUUUUUUCUUUCUAUAUUUUCGCUUUUGUUGAAUAAUUUUUUGUUCUUCUCAAAGCAAACAAACAUCAAAAGUCGCAAUGCACAAGCGUGAUUGCAAUUGGUUUUCAGUUCAGUCGCCGGUUUUUACUUUGUAAAAUCCCUCCACCGUGGUAUUCUUCGGGGUCACUUUGGCACAAACGUGUGUUUAAACAAACACGUCCCUUAGAAUCCCCCUUUCCUCCCUUCACCUCCCAACAACAAACUUUUUAAGAUGACAUCCCUCUGUGAACGGAACAGUCCAAGGACAUGCUCCAUCAUCACCCCUUUUCCUCGUCUGCAACAGUGGACGGACCUGUACAUCUUGACCCGUUACCCCCCUCCCGUCGCCCAUCCUUUUUGUGACAAUGGAAUGGUCCACUCGUUUUAUCCACGUGGACUGGCUUGUGCAUGGAGUUUUAAAAGUUAAGCCUUCCCUUGGUUCUUGGUAAUAAGUGCAUAUUACAUACUGACGUUAGACAGUGAAAUGCUUAAAUAAAUCCUAAACAUAUUGCUUUAAACAAAAAUCGUAAAGAUAAGUUUAUUUUCAUAUAAUCUGCUUGAUAAAAAGGAGAGAAUGUGUUUAAGUGACAGUUUUUUUGUCUCGCACACUUUCACGUGUUUACGGUUUAAAUUUAUCGAACAAUUCCGCGCGUUUAGCUUGGCUGUCGAGAGGGAGACCCCCCACGUUUUACCCAUUUUAACAUUUUUUUUGCUUAAAAGAUUUUUUUCCCCGUUCGUUAACGGAUGUCCUCUUGUGUACAGAUAGAGAAUUAAUAAAUAUAUGAAUAGUUAUGACAAUAAAUAUGUAUACAUGCAA